AGUGGUGAUUAGGAUGAGUGACUUGGAAGGGAGAGAGAAGGGGGAGUUUAGGGGGUUAUGGUCAAGCCGUAGUCUAAUGCUUUGGGAGGGUGAAAUAGUGGAGCCCUUCAGAAGCGAAGAAGCAAGAAGAAGAUGAUGACUGACUUUGAGGCACAAGACCUUCUUUAAGGUCCUGGCAAAUAUCAAUUUGAGAGAAACUGUUUUUCGCUUGAGUCUGAAAACAUUUUGAGUGUAAGUUGUAAUAGCAUCUUUAAGACGUUUUCCUAUAUGCUCUGGAAUUAAAAAGGCCCCUAAUGGAGAAAUUUCAGGCUGGAAUGAUACUGGGCGCAGUCGGAGAUGCCCUUGGAUAUCGCAAAGGCAACUGGGAGUGGUGCUUUUCAGGAGCUCAGAUCCAGAAGGAGCUCUCGGCUCUCGGUGGGCUGGAGGCCCUUAAACUGGACCCAGAUAACUGGCCCUUGAGUGAUGGGGCAAUAAUGCACAUGACCACAGCGGAGGCCCUUGUCACAGACUACUGGUGUCUGGAGGAUCUGUACAGAGAGUUGGUGCGGCUGUAUGUGGAGGCCAUGGUGUCCUUGAAGGGCCGAAUUUCUGACCCAGGCACAAUCGAAGGCUGUGCCUCCCUCAAACCACACAAUUUCCUGCUUGCCUGGCACACACCUUUCAAUCAGAGAGGCUCAGGUUUUGGAGCGGCCACAAAGGCUAUGUGUGUGGGGAUGCGCUACUGGCAGCCUGAAAGACUGGACACCCUAGUGGAAGUGAGCAUUGAAACAGGCCGGAUGACCCAUAACCACCCUCUUGGGUUUCUCGGCUCGUUGUGCACUGCCCUCUUUGCUUCAUAUGCUUUACAAGGCAAGCCAGUGGUGAACUGGGGCCGUGAUUUCAUGAAGGUGAUCCCAAUGGCAGCAGAUUACUGCAGGAAAACGAUACGCCACAUGGCAGAAUACCAGGAGCACUGGUUUUACUUUGAGGCCAAGUGGCAGUUUUAUUUGGAAGAGAGAGGCAUAGAGGAGGAAGGCCAGAACAAGCCCCUUUUUCCCAAUAGCUAUGAUGCAGAGGAAAUUGAUAAGGUGUAUAAGCGCUGGAGCUCAGAAGGACGAGGUGGGCGAAGGGGCCAUGAUGCUCCUAUGAUUGCCUAUGAUGCUCUGAUGGCUGCAGGCUCGAACUGGGGCGAGCUGUGCAAACGGGCCAUGUUUCAUGGAGGAGAGAGCAGCGCUACAGGUCUGAUUGCUGGCUGUCUUUAUGGGCUGCUCUAUGGGCUGAGCCAGGUGCCUACUGGACUGUACCAAGACCUCGAUACAAGAGAGAAACUGGAGGAGCUGGGAACCAAACUAUACCGGGCCGCAGCUGCAGAAAAGUACCCAGAGAAACCAGAGCGGGAGGGGUAUCAAGGAGCUGUUGCCACAGAGACCAACACAACAGUGAAUGUCAGGACACUUAAACGGCUGGUCUUGGAUCGUUCCACCCAUUCGGUGGUAAGAGAGAUUCUGGAAACUCUACUGCAGUACUUUACCCAGGAGCUCUCAAAUCGGAACCCACAGAGCCAGGAUAAGACAUUGAAAAGGGGCAACAUGUGUAGGAAUCGCAAGAAAUCAUCAGGAAAUAUUGUUAAUCGACGCCUUACCACCUUUCACCUUUUGCAGUCGAAGUUUCUCAUGGCCACCCCAAAGCCGGCAGUAACCCAUAGGAGGGAAGUGGGUUCACUGAAUUUAAAAGGGCUCGAAGGAAGCAAGGAAGUGGACAAACCCAGUGAUACAGGGCGAGUGGUUAAGGGAGGGAAGUCAAAGGUACAGGAUAUGAUUGCCAAGUUUGCGGCAGUCGAGCAGAAAGAGAGAGGGCUUGAGGCCAGGAACAUGCAAGAGCCACAGAGACUAGUCAGACAGAUCAGUAAGGGUCCCCUUUUGUCUGGCAUCAUGAAGAAGUUCGAAGCCUUGGCAAAAGUGCAAAGUAGAAAUGAUUUAUUUGAGAGCAAAAAGCAAAAAUGUACAGAUGUACUGCGUAAACAAAAGAAAGCUCAAGAUUUAGAGAUUCUUGACAAACAACGGUGUUUUCUAAAUCAAGAAACAGAUGAAUAUCCUAGCUCAAAGGUGAGCAACAAUAAUGUUGUGGAGUACCAAGGUACUCUGCCAGCAAUAGAGGGAACACAGUGUAGUUCAGCUGAUGAAGAACAAACUGCUUCUGAAAAACUGAACGAUGAUGGAGGCAUAUUGAGCCAGGUAAACAAUGAUUUAGAUAUCUCCAGCCAGGUCAAAAGUGAUGUAGAAAUCUCAAACCAGGUGAACAAUGAUGUCAUUGUUUUGGGCCAGAAAAACAGCACUGUAGGGAUCUCAGGCCAGGGGAAAAAUGAUGUUGAUAUGUCUGGCCAGGUGAACAAUGAUGUAUUCAUCUCUUGCCAGAUGAACAAAAAUACAGAUAUUUUGGGCCAGGUAAAUGAUGUUGCACAUAUCUUAGGCCAGCUGAACAAUGAUAUAGAUAGCUUGGACCAGAUGAACAAUCAUGCAGAUACUGCAGGCCAGUUAAACAAUAUUGUAGACAUCUCUGGUAAGUUUCUGGGUCACCAGGUAAAGGAUCAUGCAGAUAUCCUGGGACAGCUGAACAAUGAUGUAGAAACCUUGAACAUGGUGAACAAUCAUGAAGAUACAUCAGGCCAGUUGAACAAUAAUGUAAACAUUUCAGGCCAGUUAAUGACUCAACAGAAAAAAGACCUGAUAGUGCUGCAUCAGAAACUGAGGUAUGCAAAGGUUGACGUACUUUCCUUCACUGCUGUAGUGGAAAACUCGCAAUAUGAGCUUCACCAUGGACUUUUAGUGAUGGAGAUCCCACAGAGGAGGUAUCUAGCCACUGUUGUAAUACACCCUGAUGUUUGGGUAUUGGCCUACUCAUCAACACCUCUAAUGGAGGGUUUGGAACAUGAUGAGCACAAGUGGUUGGCAUCAAUCUCGUGCCUGGACCAACCAUAUGAAAAAUGGCAAACGCCUGAACGUACAACCUCAAAGAGCUUAAAAAAACAAAUACAGGACAAAAGGCCUCUAACCAUGGAACUUUCACUACAGUUACACAGAAAAUCGACAGAUAUGCCCUGCCCUGUACAAAGACUGCUACAAUCUGAAAGUCCAAAAGGGCCUCAACAAGAUGUGCCAGUUGACAGUCACAAAAAUCCUAUACCUCUAUAUAAAGAUGAAAAUUCCACAGCCGAAUCUCAGCAAGAAGUCCUUAUCAAGUGUCACAAAAGUCCUCUACAUGAGGCAAAUAAUAAAGUUCAGACUGCUGUGGAACUGAAACUGGAGGAGGGCCAAGGCGUGUCACUGAAGCCACAGACAGACCUUUCUGCUUCUCUGGUCCUACAAAGAGACCACAGAUCACAUUCACUGGAACAGAACAUUAUUUCCAGCAACCAUCUUUCAUCAGAAAUAGCUAAACCUACAGGCACUGAUAGUGAAAGUCCUGCACAACUAGAUGAGUCCAAGACCUUUGCUGCUUCUGUCCAUCUGAUCAAACAAUCAGACAGUACAACAUUUGAGUGUUAUGACAGUGACAUGCCUCAAGACACGUCUCUUAGGAAAAACCCAUGUGCUGCAAAUGUCUGCUUUGAUUCAGUGAAUCAAGACAGUAAUGACAAUGAGCCAGAUGUCCCUCUCGUUGACCCUAAAAGUGUGGGGAAAGAAAGGACACCAGAAAGCAAUUCAUGCAGUCCAAAGACACUGAAGAGUCAGCAUAGUCAGGUUCCACAAACAAAAGAGGGCGAAAAGUCUCCACAACCAAAAUACAGGACAGUUAAUUACAGUGAUCCCUCUGCAAAGGCAGUAUAUGUACCUAAGGUUAUUAGGUUCACCGAUACAUUCAACUUCUGAUACCGUCUGUUAAGAUCCCCCUCAACCUCUUCAGCAAUUCUGGACUCAAAACUUCUGAUCACAAUCGGAUAACUCUUCUCUUUUUUGUGUUAUUAAUAUAAGAUUAUUAAUUUAAGAUAAAACUAUUAAUAUAAGAUCAAAAAUGUAUACAUGUUGUAUUGUAACACCAAGUUCAUGGUGUACAUUCCAGCCUAAGAGUCUUUGGGACAACAAACAGAAACAGAACUGCUAAAUUCAACAUUCACAUAUCAGCAUCCAACCAAUAAACAUAUAAAGGACUAAUCUGUUUUGUACAGUGUGACAAUACUGUAGCAGUCUUACAAGAAUUUUAGAUACAGAAACCUUAUCUAGACCUAAACCGUAUCUAGGUUCUGGCUCAAUAUGACACAGUCAUAUUUCAUAGUAUUCUGAAGCUGGAUUAAAUAUGAUGGAUAAAGAUUACCUUUAACCUCUGGGUAUUUUUGGGAAAUCAUAUUUUGGGGAAAAAUGUACAUUCAUACAAGCAUCUGAAUAUAAGUAUUGGAUCAAAUAAACACAAAGGUAUAUGUGUAGAUAUACAAAUUGUGACUUGUGCACUGUACUACUGUUUGUCAAAGGUAUUGUAUCUUUCAGAAAUGCUUAUCUAGCAAUAAAAAACACUUUAGAGGACUGACCUCA